GAAUUCUGACCAAAAACAUCACCAAUCCACCAGUCCUAGUGACUUCAUUGUCCUGUAAAAUCACCUUCUUCUCACCACCAGGCCACCACUAGCUGCUUCUCUCUGGAGUGAGGACUGAGGAGCAGAGUAAUGGAUCCUGGACUUUGGAUGAGCAGCCCGGCUGCACUCUCAGCACUGCCAUGGAUCUGCGCCGGCCUCAUGGCCUCCGUGCUGCUCUGGCAAGCCGCCCGGCUGCUCGACCAGCUGUGGUGGCGUCCGAGGCGGCUGGAGCGGGCGCUCCGCUCCCAGGGCCUCCGCGGCACGCGGUACCGCUUCCUCACCGGCGACGUCAACGACUACGCCCGGCAGACCAAGGAGGCGUCGUCGAGGCCGCCGAUGCCGCUGCGGUGCCACGACGUCGGCGCCCGCGCAAUGCCCUUCCUCUACAGCGCCAUCCAGGAGCACGGCACGCCGUGCAUCUCCUGGUUCGGCCCGGUCCCCAAGGUGAGCAUCACCGACCCCGCGCUGGUCCGGGAGGUGAUGUCCAGCAAGCUCGCCCGCGACAUCGAGAAGCUCAAGUUCCCGGCGCUGACCAGGCUGCUCGCCGACGGGGUGGGGAACUACGAGGGCGACAAGUGGGCCAAGCACCGGAGGAUACUCAACCCCGCCUUCCAUGCCGAGAAGCUCAAGCUCAUGUUGCCGGCGUUUACUUCGUGCUGUGAGGAGCUUGUUGGUCGAUGGGAGCAGUCCCUUGGACCUGACGGCUCCUGGGAGGUGGAUGUCUGCCCGGAGCUCCAGAGCCUCACCGGAGAUGUCAUCUCGCAGACAGCGUUCGGCAGCAGUUACCUGGAAGGGAGAAGGAUUUUUCAGCUGCAGUCCGAGCAAAUUGGGCGAUUCAUGGCAGCAGUUCACAAAAUUAUGAUUCCCGGUUACAUGUCCUUCCCUACCAAAAAUAACCGAAGGAUGCAUCAAAUUAACAACGAGAUUGAGUCCAUCUUGCGGGGCAUAAUUGCAAAAAGGAUGCAAGCUAUCCAUGAAGGAGAAAACACAAAAGAUGACCUACUCGGCUUAUUACUCGAGUCAAACAUGUCAGACACGGAUGAAAACGGCCAAUCCACCCUAGGAAUGUCAGCAGAUGAAGUCAUGGAGGAGUGCAAGCUGUUCUAUUUUGCUGGAAUGGAGACGACAUCAAUACUGCUUACAUGGACAAUGAUUCUACUCAGCAUGCACCCGGAGUGGCAGGACCGCGCAAGGGAGGAGGUUCUUGGCCUGUUUGGAAAACACAAACUCGAGUACGAGGGUGUUAAUCGGCUCAAAACUGUGACGAUGAUUCUGUAUGAAGUUCUCCGGUUGUACCCACCGGCUACCGCAUUCACCCGGAAAACGUACAAGGAGAUCGAGGUCGGGGGCAUCACGUACCCAGCCGGCGUGAUGUUCGAGAUGCCGGUGCUGUACAUCCACCAUGACACGGGCAUUUGGGGAGAAGAUGCGCACCGAUUCAAGCCGGACAGGUUCGCCGAGGGGGUCUCCAAGGCGUCCAAGGACCCGGCCGCGUUCUUCCCGUUCGGUUGGGGGCCACGGAUCUGCAUCGGCCAGAACUUCGCGUUGCUUGAGGCCAAGAUGGCCUUGUGCAUGAUCCUUCAGCGCUUUGAGUUUGAGCUCGCGCCGUCGUACGCCCAUACACCGCAUAGCGUGAUGAUGUUGCGUCCCAUGCAUGGUGCUCAGAUCAGGCUUCACGCUAUCUCUUCCUAGUAUCGUACGCAUGGCAUUCACUUCCUAUGUGAUAUGCAUGUAGUCUUUAAUUACCAUCCGGCUUUUUUUCUACUAAUAAAGGUUCAACAGUUUUGGACUCA